AUGAAGGAAAAAACAGCUACGAUCACGGUAUCACGACCGACAGCUCGAGAGUCGAACCGAGUGAUGCUUUCAUCAGCACAAAGCGUAGUUCAUGAUAAGUACAACAAUCUAAUGAUGCAAUGGGGACAGUUUAUGUCCCACGACAUGGCCAAGACAACGCUACAACCGUCAGCCCAAUGCACCUCAUGUACACCAAUGAAAUCCAAAUGUAUGACGAUCCCUAUCACGGCAAAUGACCCUAACUCAGCGUUUCUCUCCAGGGAAAGCUCCCGACUCGCUGCGCUGUUUUCAGAUUCAAACAGAAAACAAUGCCUGAAAGUGUCACGAUCAGCACCGAUUUGCCAUGUCACACCAAGGGAGCAACUGAACGAGAACACCGCCUACAUCGACGGCUCGAUGAUCUAUGGAUCGUCUCCAAAGGAUCUGCACAAGUUCCGUGAUGGUAGGACUGGACUGCUGAAAAUGAACCGCUUCAACAAUCAGCUAGUGCUACCCUUCGACCAGUCGAAAUGCCCCCACAAAGACAAAUGCACCGCGUCGUUCACAGCUGGUGAUAUUCGAGCAAAUCUCUUCAUCGGUCUGAGCAGCUUGCACAUCAUCUUCGCCCGCGAGCACAACAGGUACAACAGUCCACUCCAGUUUUGCUCAGUCUUAGCGUGA